AUGAGCGCAACGUUGGAUAACCUUGAAGAGGUUGGCCACUGGCUUAAAGCAAAGGUGAUUGCUACUACAGUUGUCGACCAGUCCGAGCUCUUCCACGAACGGAUCUGCUGGCACGCUGGUCGGACUUUAGCCGAUAUGAAUUCCGAAAGUCGUUCUAUCCGAGAACAGCCGAAUAGGAAUCCUAAUCGAAAGCUUGUUCUCGUAUUCAGUUCAUCAAAAGCGGACGUUGAAAAGGUGGCUCUGGAUUUGGCAAAAAUCUUGGAUGAAAUCUAUCGCUCGAAUCAGGUGAUUGCUGCUCGUCUAGAUCGAGUUGCCCUUUAUCGAAUCAGAGUCAGUCUGGAGCAAUGUGCUGGUGCUGUUGAUGCCGUUCUAGCGCAGACCCUUCCGAGAGGAGGAUUAACCGCCGAGGAGAGGGAAUACAUCGAGGAUGGUUUCCGGUCUGGUGUAAUCCUUGUGCUUGUCGCUACUAGCACACUUUCCUCUGGUACAUCCUUACAGAGUCCUCAUCCACUUAUUAUUCUUUUGUGUGUGAAUUUACCCGCGAGUCGAGUGGUUAUCAAAGCACAAACUCGCGGACCAGCCGCUAUCAAUGCGAUUACCUACAAACAGAUGAGUGGACGAGCUGGCCGAUUAGGACAGGUGGAAAUAGGUAACGAAGAUUAUCUGCAGUUCGUCCAUUUUUGUGGGGUAUUGAAAUAG